AUGGACAUUAGCUGGUAUGAAGCAGGUUAUCAUUGUCGCCAGGGCAGCCCGUCUUCGACUGCUGCCAGUCUCCUUACCUUCAGCACAGCACUCUACCUGCUCCUGAUCCUGCGUGGAGCCCAGGGUCACCCCAUCAAACAAACCAUGCCCCCUAUUAUGGAGAACAAGCCCUUUCUGGUCAUUUGGAACAUUCCGACAGAAAAAUGCAGGACUCAUCGUGGUGUUGAUCUCCACCUGAAUGACUUUAAUAUAGUGACCAAUGAGAAUGAAGUUUUUAUGGGCGGGACUAUCACAAUAUUUUAUACCUAUCAGUUGGGCAAAUAUCCUUACUAUAAAAACAGUCACGUGGUGAAUGGAGGCUGUCCCCAGAACACUAGCCUAAAUGAACACAUGAGAAAGAUGCAGGCUGACAUUGAGAAGUAUUUGCCCUCCAAACAAUACAAGGGUCUGGCAGUCAUUGACUGGGAGGAGUGGAGACCCCAGUGGGUCCGCAACUGGGGCAGUAAAGCCAUCUACCGUGAGAAGUCGGAGGAGCUGGUUCGAGCCAGGCACCCUGACUGGUCUCCUGCUCGAGUUCUGAAACAGGCGCAGUCGGAGUUUGACACAGCAGCAAACAAGUUCAUGACUCAAACUCUGAGGGUGGGUCAGUCAAUGAGGCCCCAGGCAUUAUGGGGUUACUACCUGUUCCCGGACUGUUACAAUUACCAUUACAAUGACAACUUCUCCAGUUACAAUGGGCGCUGCCCUAAUAUUGAGUUUGGACGCAAUGAUCAGCUGCAGUGGCUCUGGUCCAAAAGCAAUGCUUUAUAUCCCUCUAUCUACAUGGAGGAAAUCUUAAAAUCUUCGGAACAAGGAAGGCAGUUUGUGAGAGCACGGGUGCAAGAGGCCAUGCGUGUGUCAUUGACAGUGGACUCAGCGUAUGCCCCACCUGUGUUUGUGUACUCUCGAUCACACUAUGCUUACACCUUCAACCCAAUGACACAGAUAGAUUUAAUGUACAGCAUUGGGGAAAGUGCAGCCCUGGGAGCAAGUGGAGUCAUUCUGUGGGGAAGUAUUGAAUUUUCUCGCACCAAGGUAAAUUGCCAGCAUGUGAAGGAUUACAUCAAGAGUACCCUGGGACCGUAUGUUGUAAAUGUCACUAUCGCUGCCCAGACCUGCAGCCAGUAUCUAUGCAGCAAACAUGGCCGAUGUUACCGCAAGCAUCCUCAGGAAAACAGUUACCUCCAUCUGAAUAAAAGAUCCUUUAAGAUUAUCGCAAGGACUGAUCGUGGCACGUUCAGGGUCUACACCAAAGGCAGAUUAAGUUUCAUGGACAAGCGCCGACUGAAAUCAAAAUUUGUCUGUCAAUGCUACAAGGGCUGGAGUGGGAAAUACUGCAAUCAGUCAAAAAGCACUGGAUCAGAUUGUCGGUUAGACAGCCCCCUUUUCAUCGCUGCUCUGUCAUCACUGAUCAUAUGGUUCCUCUCCUGA